AGUACCAAGUACCGUGAAAGUUUGUAGAAGAUGGCGACCAUUGGCACUCUGGCGGCGUUUGAUGCGAAAAAUCAAAGCUGGGAAGAAUACUGUGAAAUAAUGGAUCAGUUUUUUGAGGCCAAUGAGAUUGAUGAUGGGGAUAAGCAGAGAGCUAUUCUCCUCAGCGUUGUCGGCGCAUCUACCUACAGUUUAAUGCGGAAUCUCCUUAGUCCAACUAAACCAAAAGAGAAGACUUACGGCGAGCUGGUGGCACUACUAAAAAACCACUUCGACCCAAAGCCAAGUGAAAUCGUCCAGAGGUACAAGUUUGAUUCUUGCAGUCGUAAACCAAAUGAGUCGGUGAUGGAGUACGUAGCGGAGCUGCGGAGGCUGGCCCAGGACUGUAAUUAUGGCAACACCUUGGAGCAAAAGUUGAGAGACAGGAUCGUUUGUGGAAUAAAUGAUGAUCGGAUUCAAAGAAGACUCCUGGCAGAAGCAGAUCUAACGUGUGAGAAGGCUUUGUCCAUUGCCGUUGCGGCAGAAACAGCAACUAAAAAUGCGCAAGACCUGCAGAAUCCGUGCGCCACUGCGAAGUGCUUCAAAGUAAACAAAGGCCCGCAGCAGCGAGGUGCGUUCAAGUGCGGAAAUGUUCAAGAGUGCUAUCGUUGCAAAGGACAACACAACGCUGCAGAAUGUAAGUUUAAAUAAGA